AUGGCUGGUCCUACUUCAACGAUGGGUCCUGAGUCAAAAGGUAACGAUAUGAACUUUGUAGUUGGCUUAAGCGAUAACCUAUUAGGCGAAUGUCGUCGUUUAAAUAGCGAAAACCAAAAGUACAAGACAAAGUUGAGGCUGUAUUCUGAAGAAAUUAAACAGUUCAAGUUGCAAAUUAACCAGUUGAAAUCAUCGAAUUCGUCGCAAGUAAACAGCGAAAGCAACUUGAAGGAUAAAAACUGGGAACUUGAGUCCAACGUUGUCAAUUUGAACGAACAGGUAAAUAACUUGAGCUAUUCUAAAGAAAAGUUAAUCAAACUUCACGACGACAUCAGCAUCAAGUACUCUACUCUUCAAAAGGAAAAUGACGAUUUACUCUUAAAGAACCAUUCUUUAAACAAGGACUAUACAAACUUGAAAUCUACAUAUGCUAAAGAAAUAGCUGACUUAAGCAACAGAAUUGAAGAAUUGAAUGACGAGAAUGACCAAUUGCACAUCAAAUUGUCUUCUUCAACUCCAAGAAAAGUACAAUCAGAAACUUCAACUGAUAUGAAGUCAGAAUCUGAAAUUGAUAGAGCUUUCAACGAAGAUGAUGACGAAUACGUUGACUUCGAUAGUCUUCUUGCAGAAUCCCACCCAAGCAUGAUCGCUUCUAUGGACAGCUCCAAUCCUCAGCUUGAGUUGGAAACUUUGAGAGCUAAUUUACACCAUUCAAAUAGAACAAUUGCCAAGUUGAGAACUGCCGUUUUGAAGCUCAGAAGAGAUGAUGCUUCAAUUGGUGUCCAGAAGACUCCAAUGAAACAUCCAAAUCUUGCAGCCAAGAGAUCAAAAUCUAGAGCCAAUACCACCCAAUCUUCAAAUAGAAAUUCUUUGAAUUCUCCAGCGAAAAGAGGUUCUAAGAUAUUAGUAUAUGAUGAUGAAACCAUUGAUGACGACGUUCUGCAUGGCAAUCAAAGAUGGGACGAUUUCAUAGAUGAGGAUAUACAGGCCACCCCCUCAAAACACCUUAACAGGGUAUUUAAUGCAUCUUUAUCUGACGUAGAAGCCAGUCCUAUUCGUGUUCUGAACGAUGGGAAGUAUUUGGUAGAUUCAUCUGAAUCAGAAGAUGAAUCAACUCCUUCUGAGACCAAGCGUGCCACUAUCUCCAGAGAACUUAAGAAUAUUUCAGACAAAGAGCAAAUUGAAAAUUAUGCUGCAAGCAACAAUUUGGUAAUUAUUUCCAGAGAUGAAUUUAAUCACUUGCAAUCUGGCAAUGUACGUGAUAUCUCUGAUGAGAGCCUUGGUAAUAUUGCCGAAAGCAAGGGCUAUGUCUUGAUUAAAAAGAAGGCAUAUGGUGAAUUAGUGGAUGAAAAUGUAAUGAAAGAGAAGUUGUUAUCAAAGGGCUUGGUUACCUUACCGGUGAAUGAAUUAUCGCAAAUUCAAAAAUAUGCUGAUAAACAUGAUAAACCUUCACAAAGGUAUAUCACAGACAAGGCCAAUUCUUUGGGAUUGAUUGUUACGUCUUCUGCAAUGUAUGACGAGAUUAAGAGAUUGGCAAAUGAACCUACUGUAGACGAACUCAUUUCCAGAGCCCAAAAUCAAGGCUAUUCCGUCAUCAAGAAUGAAGAUAUUGAAAACUUGAAGCGCCAUAUCACUCCAACUUUAGAUCAAAUAAAUGCUGAGGCAAAGUCGUUAGGAUACGAAAUUGUUGAACAGAAGCGUUUCAAGGAAAUUUCAGAUAGGGCAACGUCACCUUCAGAAGAUCAUUUACUGGCAUGUGCUUGUAAGCUUGGACUUCUGGUUAUUGCAUCAAAAGAAUUAGAUACCUUAAAACAAUUGGCUCGUGAUCCACCCUUAGAUCAUCUCUCCGGUCUAGCUGGAAAGAUUCAACAUAUUGUAGUCCCAAAAGCAGAUUACGACUUAACAAAGAAGUUGGCAGACGAACCUUCACUUCAACAUAUAAAAUCGAAAGCAGAGGUAAUCAACAAGACAGUUAUUGAUAAAGAUGAAUAUGACCGCUUGACUGGGCUUGCUGAGAAUCCACCUGUGGAACAUUUGAAAUCUUGUGCUACAAACCUCAACUAUGUUAUGAUUCCUGUAGAAGAGUAUAAUCAUCUUCUUGCACCUGAUAUGAGGACGUUGAUUCAAAAGGCUUCAGAAUUUAACUAUUUGAUGAUUCCUCAAGAUCAGUAUGAUACUUUGAGUAGUUUGGCUCAUUCUCCAAAUGCCGCUCAUAUUACUGAACUUUCUAGACUGGCUGGUUUGGUUGCAAUUCCACAGUCUGAAUAUGACUUCAUCAAUAACCAGAUACAGAACCCAUCGAAGGACGAUUUGCUCACCAAAUUAUCUGCACUUGGUAUGAUUGGAAUGACUGUUCAACAGCAUUCCGAGUACUUGCGCAAGAUGGAUUCUCCUUCUGAGGAUUACAUUAAGGAGAAGUCUAAGACAUUGGGUUUGCAUGUGUUGCUUAACGAGGAAUUCAACGAGUUGAACGAAUUGGCGAAUCAUCCAUCGGUCGAGAUUCUUUCAGCUAGAGCAAAGGAUUUGGAGCACACUAUUAUCCCUUCGGAGUCAUACAAUAAAUUACAGAAAUUGUCGAAGUGCCCUGAUAUGGACUUCCUUGUCGAAAAGGCUAAAGAUUUGGGUCUGGUUGUGGUCAGGACUGAAGAAUGGCAAAAGGUAACCGAAGCAAGCAAUGCACCAUCUGAAGAACAUAUUAGAUUAAAAGCUGGCAACUUGAACUUGACUGUUUUGGCAAAUACUGAAUACGAGACUUUACUUCUGGAAGCAAAGCAUCCAACGUUGGAUCAACUUGAGUCACAUGCAGAAGCAAUGAACUUGAAAGUAUUGAGGAAAGAAAAGUACUUGGAAUGGGAUCAGAAAAUCAACCAUCCAAAUAUUAGCUACCUAUCACAAGUUGCUCGCGACUUGGGAUUGGUUGUGUUGCAAGAUGAUGACUACAAGAAUUUCAAACUGCAAAUUGAAGAGCCUCAAUUGGACUGGUUAAAGAUUAACUCAGAAAAAUUGGACCAUGUUGUUAUUCCAACCAAAGAAUAUGAUGAGAUGAAUGUAUUCGCGUAUGGUCCACCUGUGAACCAUAUAAAACAAGUUGCAGAAGAGGCUGGAUUAGUAGCCGUAGACAGUAAAGAGUAUGACGAAUUGCGUUGUUCUGUAUUGGAGCCUUCAGUUGAAUAUAUCAAAGAGAAAGCAUCUUCGAAUGGAUACGCGGUUGUCAAGAAUUCUGAAUUUGAAAAUCUCAAGUCUUUAGCAACGUCUCCAUCUUUGGAUCAUGUCCAAAAAAUGGCUACUGAGCAUGGCUUUGUCGCUCUUUCUAAUGCCGACCACAGGAAGUUGUUGGAACCUUCAUUGCAUAUUUUAGAACAACAUGCCGCCUCAAAGGACUGCAUUAUAGUUGAGAAGGAUAACUUCAAUAAAUACAAGCAAGCUUUCGAAGCUCCUUCUCAGGACUUUCUAGUCGAGAAGGCUUCUAUGCACGGUUUAACUGUGGUUCCAUCAAAUGAAUUCAUAGAAUUGAGAGAGCAUGCCAAUAACCCAAGCAGAGAGCAUGUUAUUGAAAAGUCAGCAGCAGUAGGUUUAGUUUCGCUUGCAAAGCAUAAAUAUGACCACCUUAUUGAGCAAAUUGAGAAACCAUCGAGAGAAUACAUUGUUGAAAAAGCAACUGCUGACGGGUUGUCUUUAGUACCGUCUGAAGAAUUGAUUGGUUUGAAGGAAAAGGCUGAACAUCCUACGGUUGCUCAACUCACUGAUAGAGCAACUUCAUUAGGUCUAACCAUUAUUCCUAUUGAUGAAUUCGUAGAGAUGAAAUCUACAAUUGAAACUCCCAGUGUGGAUUUCAUUCGUAAGGCAUCGUCAGCAAGAGGUCUCACAGUACUCAAUACUCAAAUCUUUGAGGAGAUUGUUAGAUCUUCCAAGAACCCAACUCUCGACGAAUUAAAGGACAGAGCUAAGGAAUUGAAUUUGAUGGUUGUACAACAAGAAGUUUACAACCAACAAUUGGAUACCAUAGAAAGUCCAACCAUAGAGUAUUUGAAGAAUAAAGCAAUUGAAAAGAAUUUCACUCUUAUUUCAAAUGAAGACUAUGCAAUCAUUAAUAACAUCGUUUCUUCUCCAACAACAGAGCAUCUCGAAAGUAGAGCGGCUUCUGUUGGUAUGACUGUUGUUCCAAAAGCAGAUUAUGACGGGCUUAUUGAAAAAUUGAACCAUCCUGAUAAGGACUUUGUUAUUCACAUGUCUGAUACUCUUGGAUUGGCUACAAUAACUAAAGAGGAACUUCAAACAAUGAAAUACUCACUCACGCACCCUACUUUAGAAUAUCUUACGAACGAGUCCAGUAACCACGGCUAUGAAGUUAUUGACAAACAAGAAUACUCAAAAUUGGUCCAAAAUGUCGAAUCUCCUUCUCUUGAGUAUUUGAAGAGUAAGGCAGAGGAAAACAGUAUGUCUGUAAUACCAACAGACAAACUUGAGAAGUUAGAGAAGUCAGUCAAGGAACCAUCAGAUGAUUUCUUAAGAUCAAAUGCCGCUUCUAGGGAUAUGGUUGUUCUCUCAAGUCAAGAACACAAAUCAUUAAAGAAGAGACUCGAAAACCCUGGUGCUGAAUACAUUCACGAAAAGGCUAGGGAUGAGGGAUUGAUUGUUUUAACGUCUGCUGAAUUUGAUAAGCUUCAAGACCCUACUCAGGAGUCGGUUGAAAUCUCAGCCGCUAAACUCGGGCUUGUGACUUUGAAUAGAAUCGAGUACCAACAACUUAAGGAUGGUAUCGAUUCUCCUUCAAUAGAACAAUUGAGAGAAAAAUCAUCUAAAUUCGGCCAUGAAGUGAUUUCGUUAGAAGAUCUUGCCUCUUUAAGGACUCAAAUUCAAUCACCAGAUGAUAAAUACUUAACUGAAAAGGCUAAUGAACGGGGCCUUUUGUUGGUUAACAAGAAGGAAUAUGCAGAUUCUUCUGAAAAAGCUAAUAAUCCUACGAUAGAACACUUGACUGCAGCAUCAUCUCUUCUAGGAUUGAGUAUCAUAGAUAAACUCAAGAUGAACGAUUUGAUAUCAAGAGCUGACACCCCUUCCUUGGAUCACAUUUGUAAAGUUGCUAAGAAUCAUGAUGCAAUCGUUGUUGAUGAAAAGAAGUAUGCUGUAUUGGAGUUGUUCAUUAAGCUACAAUCAGAGGCCGAAAAGACAUUAGAUGAUAAAGCAAAGGACAACAAUGCAACUGUUAUUCCUAUUGAUGAAUAUCUGAAUCUCAAGAAGAUGCAUGAUACCCCAAGCAUAGACUUCUUGAUUUCAAAGGCUACUGAAAUGAAUUACGAUUUGGUCGAUAAGGACGAAUUAGAUGAUUUGCGCAAGUACAGAAGCAAGACGCUAGAAGAAAUAGCUGGAGAAAAUGGAAUGCAUGCUGUAAUUGAAAGGUCUGAGCUUGAGAAUCUUAAACAGAAAGCACUUUCUCCAUUAUUGGAAGAUCUCAGGAGUCACGCUUCGAAGUUGAAUUGUACAGUGAUCUCCUCAGAAAAGUAUAAUUCAUUGGUGCAUUUGUCUGAACAGUCCCUUGAAGACAAGGCAACUGGUGCAAACAUGAAACUAGUUCCAAUUCGUCAAUUUGAACAUAUGAAAUCUCAGGCAGAAGAACCCCUGUUAGACCAUAUCACUGCCAGGGCCACUGGUCUUGGCUGUGUCGUACUCUCUCAAGAAGAACACGAGAAUAUGCAGAAUCCAAGUAUUGAUAAGCUUAAAGAAUCUGCAAGUAAUAUUAAUCACGUUGUUAUUCCGAAGAGUGAGUUAGCAGGUUUACGCGACUCUUUGUCACACCCUACAAGUGAGCUUGUAAGUGGAAUGGCAGCUAGUCUUGGAUGUUCUUUGGUAGCAACAAACUACUUGGAUGAAUUGAAG